UCAAGGGGGCGCGAUGCAUUCUGGUCGUAGUUACGAGCCUGCGUCCUUCCCUGUCCGUUGCCUGGACCGUGGACCCUGAGUCGCCUACAAAUCCCAGAAUCCCCUGCGCGCUGUUUCCAGCAUUAUAAACGCUGGGAGGUGGAGCUGCUACAUAGUCCUCCAGGGCCCAUGAAGAGACCCAAGACGCGCGCCGCCUCUCUAUCUCUCCGUCCCGAGUCGGCUUGGGUUGAUGACGCACUUCCGGCCUGGUUUGUUUUCUCCCGCUGGCGCCCUGGCCGGGGUCGUGAGCUGUGGUGGCGGUGUUUUGGGGGAUACGGUGGCCGCGCGCCCCGCUUUCCGGGAAUCUCAUCGGGGCCCCGGGCCCGGGAGGCUGCGUUGGCGGCGGCCUGCUCGGUGGUGCUGGCCACAUAUGGUUAAGGGAUCUGGGUCCAGUCCAUGCAUGGUUCUUGGUAGCUGCUAGGGGAAAAGGCCAAGUACCUAUCCAUAAAUCCAGCAGUACAGAAGGUACCACAAACAAAACUCCAACACAAAGAAGAGAACUACACCCAGGAAAACACAGGAAAUAUAUAACACCACAUCAGCAAAACCAAAGGAAGGAACACGGACACACACACAAACACACACACAUAUCACCACUACCAACAUCAAAAUAACAGGGAGUAGCAAAAACUUCUCAUUAAUAUCUCUUAACAUCAAUGGCCUCAGCUCCCUUGUAAAAAGACACAAAAAAGGAGCUUUCUUCUUCAUACAAGAAACACACCUCAGCACUAAAUUUAGACAUCUCAUCGGGGCCCCGGGCCCCGGAGGCUGCGAUGGCGGCGGCCUGCUCGGUGGUGCUGGCGUUGAAUGCAGAAACGGAGGAGGAAGAGAAGGACCCCGGAGUCUGGCGGGACCCUGACACCUCCCGGAGGCGCUUCUGGCGGCGGGAGCUGUGCCGCCCCUGGCUGCGGCCCAAGCGGCGCUCCAAGGAGCAGAUGCUGGAGCUGCUGGUCCUCGAGCAGUUCCUCAGCCUCCUCCCGCGCCCGCUGCGGGACCCCGUGCGCCACCGGCGCCCCGAGAGCGGGGAGGAGGCGGCGGCCUGGGCGCGCGCCCUGCACCCGACCUCCCCGUAGGCCACCCCAAUCAAGGCCGAGGCUGGAUCUCCCCCCCCCCCCCCGGGGAGAAUGGCAGCAGCUGGCCUCGGACCCCCAGGAUGGCUCGUGUGAGGAGAGCACGGAUGACUAUGGGAGCACGGCCGUGUUGGGUGAGGGCCGUGUUGGGCCUGGAGAACCAAGCUGCCUGGAAUCCCAACCAGAUCCCAAAGCCUGCGCAGGCCUGGGUACAAGGCGCGCCCCCGGGGACAGACCCUGACAGGGAAGAGAAACCACCUAAAAAUGCUGUCCUGCCACUGCCACAGACCCAGGGUUCUCCAGGAGAGCCAGGGGCCACAGCAACCUCACAUGUCCCUUGGGCACCCAAGGAGGAACGGCUUUAGAGAAGUGGAGAGCCAGGGCACACGACCACCUUGCACACCCCCUCUGCGGGCCAAGGAGGAAGAGCUUUGGAGAAGUGGAGAGCCAGGGUGCACGGCCACCGCCCACACCUUCUGCGGGGCCAACGUGGAAGGGCUAAGGAGAAGUGGAGAGCCAGGCCCCCAGGCCACCUUGCACGUCUCUGUGUGGCUAAGAAGGAAGAGCUUUGGAGAAGUGGAGAGCCGGGGUGCAAAACCACCUUGCAGGUCCCCUGGGGGGCCAAGGAGGAGGGGCUUUGGAGAAGUGACAACUUUGGGGAGGUUGCCACUGCCCCUGCCCUUGCUGGGGACAGCAGAACCUGCUGAUGGCUUUGGGAAGGUUGCCACCGCCCCUGCCCUCACUCAGUAUCAACUGUGCCACUUUUGUGAAGUAGUCCCCACUGGAAAACAAGUUUGCUGUGGGGAGUGGAGGCUGGCUCAUCUCCUCAGUCUGCUACUUUGAGUCUGAAAACGACUGGUGAGCCAUGCUAAUCUCCCUUCCCUUUCUUUCUCCCUCCACUUCCUCCUUCAUCCCUUCAUCUCCAUCCUUUUCCAGCCCCCUACUUUUCUUAAUUCAUGUAGGAAGUGUUUCCUCCUGACUGCCUUGGAGUAGUUGAUUGUAUGUGUUCGCUGAGAGGUCAUAGGUAGGCUGGACCUUACUGUGGUCGCAGAUGUAGUCCCUGAACAUGAGCUGUACGUCAGCCACUCAGGCCAUGUGGUGCACAGGCCUGUAAUUCUAGCUUGACAGCAAGUCGGAGGCCAGCCUGAACUCUUUGUAGGAAGCUCUUCCCUGACAGAGAGCAAGCCAGCCUUCAGCAGGAGCAGCUGUGCACUAUAGGGAGCUCAUGAAAAUACUCAAGCUAAGUCAAAGGACAGUCUUCCAACAUUAAAAGUGAUGGUGCGUACACGACUUAACUCUGUAAAUGUAGCUAACAUUGCCUAUAGAUUUCAGGAUUAAAAUGGUUUUUAUGAACGUAUAGAUCAGUUUUAUUUGGAGGGGGUUUAUGGGGCGUCUUGGAAAAUGCUGCUGUUUUUGUCUGUGAGGACAGUGUAAACUAGGUUUUCUCCUUCCUCAGGCGGGUGAGCAAGCACAUUAAGCCAAUUCCCUCCACAGUCCUCUCCUUGCCUGGCACCCCAACAACAUUUUGCUGGCUGCAGGGUCAUGUGACUUCAAAUGCAAGUGAGAAUAAGUGGGCACUGCCUGUUGCUCAGCAUUGACAGGUACCCAUUAGGCUCCUUUAUUUGCAAAGUAUAGUACCCUGUGAGCAGCUCGGCGAUAAAGGGAACUUCCUAGUCUAGAAAAAGCUGUGGCUGGGAUGUGACUCAGCAGGUAGAUAACUUACUGAGCUGGUUACCGUCCCCCAGCACUGCAGAAGCCCGGCAGGUGCUGCACGCCUGUAAACCCAGCACUGCCUGUGGAGCUAAGGUUAGAGGCUCAAUUACAGACUGAGAUUGAGGGCAGCCAGGCUAUAUGAGACCCCGUCUCAAGAAAGAGAAAAAGAACAAGUGAACUGAUGCACAGUGAUGAACAAGAGCAAGUAGCAGAAGAUAUGAUGUACUCAUCCACAGGGUUAGCAGGAGCUGCAGCAGGUCGUUAUGCACAGUAACCUAGCCAGUACAGUGAGGGGUCUUAGGGAGAGUCGGUAGUCUUGAGUGCAGGGUAAGCUCAUGCUCUGUCCACCCGUCCAUCUCUCUCUCAGACUGUCCUGCUCAGUUUUUAAAUCAAUUGAUUUUAUUUAUCUCUGUGCAUGUAGGUAUGCACGCCUGGCAAAGGCCAGAAGGGGCAAGAGAUGCCCAAGAGCUAGAGGUGGUUAUGAGCCACCUGAUACAGGUGCUGGGAGCCCAACCCAGUCCUCUGGAAGAGCAGCAAGUGUGUUAACCACUGAGCCAUCUCUUUGGUUCAGUUCUCUGUGUUUUGAUGUAACAAGGAGUUGGAAGGAUGAAGCCCAGGUUUGUCUGGUGCUGACCAUCCUCCCUCAGCCUCUUGUCCUGAAAUUACCAGUCUGCACCUUCAUGCCCACCAGCCUCUUUCUUGGACUGUUUCAGGUCCUCAUUUUGUGUCCCAGGCCACAGACUGCAGAGAACAGUGAACCUGACUUAGUUACGUGUUCUGAGGGUGUACAGACAGAACACUCCCUCUGUCUUUACCCGAGGCUAGAGGAGACUUGCCACCCUGCUAGAGCUUUAAGAAUCAUGCCACGGGUUGCUUUUUAAAACCUGUCCCUCAACAGGGCCUUUUCCCCUUUAGCAAAAGGAAAAGCCAAGAAUUCAUCACCGUUUUGUGUUGACUCUUUGGGGCAGAGUCGACCCACCUUCAGUACCUAUGUCAGGGUUUCCCAACCCCUGGGGAGUGUGACCCCAACAUGGGUAAGACGACCCUUUCACAAGGGCCACCCAAGACCACCAGAACACACUUACAUUACACUUUACAUCAGCAGCAAACUUGCAGUUACAAAGCAACAAUGGGAAUAAUUUCUGGGGCGGGGCACCACAGCUUGAAAAAGCAUGUGAAAAAUUCCAGAAAACCACCCCAGCCCUAUCAUUUAUACUCAGGCUUAAUUACAAAAUGAAUAAGCAAAAAAAAACAAACAAACGGGCAGUGUUGCUUACUGGUGGAGCAUUUGCCAAGACUGUAGCAAAGCGCCAGGUUCAAUGUUCAGCACCGUGAACAAAAAACUAAAAAGAAAAAUCUGGGCGGUGAAGGUGGAGCUAAGAUAGUCUUGGGGCUCUGUGCUCAGGAAUUUGUGGUCCAUUAGUUAUCCAGGAUCCCCUGGCUCUUCCAGCAAAUAAGACAGGACGGGACUGUCUGGACAUGUCCGUCCACAGUUGCCCAUGACCCCCAGGCAGGAGAAGCUGAUGCCCCAACCCUUCAGACCCUCAGCUGCCGCUGUCAUUUGGAAGUUGAGCUUAGGGAGCUAGAGGUUUGUUUUGGUUUGGUUUUGAAAACAGGGUUUAUCUGAGUCACUCUAGCUCAGGCUGGCCUCGAACCCACAUAGAUCCCCCUGCCUCCGCCUCCCCGAGCGCUGGGAUUAAAGGCUUGGAGCCCAGAGUUGUUUUACAGAGUCUUGAGGUUCAGGCUCCUCUUCCUUCCUCCUCGACUCCUCUUCCUCCUCCUCCUCCUCCUCUUCCUUCUCAAAUCUUCCUCCUUGCCUCCUCCUCAACUCCUCCUCCUCACCAUCUCCUCAACUCUUCCUCCGCCUCGACUCCUCCUCCUCUGACUCCUCCUUCAACUCCUCUGACUCCUGGAGUCCUCGACUCCUGGUUUUCCUGCCUUGGCCUCCAGGGGUCAUACCCAUGUUCAGAUGCUUCCUGGAGAAUUAGAAGAGUCCAGAGGAAGCAGAUUCUGGUCCUUCCCUGUCCUUCAACCUCCUAAGGCCUCAGAGGUGACAGUGGAUCCGAGGUGGGAGCCAGCCCUUUGUUGGCAGGGCAGGACUGCCUCUCUCAGCCCUUUGUUGGGUGUCUUCACCUCUAGCUUUAUUUAUCUCAGUGUGUGUGUGUGUGUGUGUGCGCGCGUGCGCGUGUGUGCGUGCGCGCGAGCCCAGGACCUGUGUCCACCCGGCUUCAUGCCUGGGUUCCAGGCUCAGGCUGCCAUCUCUGGUUCCCUGUGGAUGCUGCGGAUCCAAUUCAGGUCCCCGUGCUGGUCCAGCAAGCGCAUCCCUGGCUGUCCUUUCCUGCAUCCUCCCAUCCUGACUGGCCUCCUGCCUCCUCCCUCGCGCUUUCCACAACAGUGUUCUUGGCCUGCAUCAAGGAGGUGGACGAGAAGCCGGCCAGCACCCCAUGGGGCAGCAAGAUGCCAUUUGGCCAGCUGAUGGCCUAGUUCAGCAGCGCUGGCGGCUGGGUGCACGUUGUCGGCUUCUCAGCCAGCAGGAGCUGCCUGGCCUGGGUCAGCCACGACAACAUGGUGUCGGGGGCCAAGCUUCCAAGAGCAUGCAUGAGUCCUUGCCUGGCAGUGGGGGGAGGGAUACAGUUAGCGAUCUGUACACACUGGCUCUCCUAGAUGAGAGCCAGCUAGGGGGAGUGUAUACAGCUAGUGAUCUGUACAUGCUGGUUCUCCAUGGCAGCUAGGAGAAAAAGUAUAUACAGCUGGCCACCUGACCUCUGAACAUGCUGACUCUCCUAGAUGACAGCAGCUAGGGGGGUGUAUACAGCUGGCCAGCUGGCCACGCUGGCUCUCCUAGACCACAGUAGCUAGGGGGAGUGUAUAAUUAGUGAUCUGUGGAUGCUGGCUCUCCACGGCAGAUAUGGGGAGUGUAUAUAGCUGGCCACAUGCACUCUGGACACAGCCUAGAGCACUGCAGCUAGGGGGAGUGUAUACAGCUGGCCGAGAAGCCCAGGAUAGAGCAGCUGGGUCCCAGUGGGGGUCAGUAAUCCGCCCCUGCCCAUCAGCAGCGCCUGUAGCCAGCAGGCUCGGUCUCUGCCGCCCUGAUGAAGAUGAUGGCUUGGAGCUGGGAGGAUGGCACCACAGACACCUGACUGGCUUCUCACGUCUGUGGUCCCCACCAGCCCCCAGGGAGAUGGGACAGAGUGUGGUGGCCCAGGAGGCAGAAGCAGGAGGCAGGAGGCUCAAGAGUUCAAGGGUGUCGACUCUGAAGGCGGAGUUUCUGCCACUGCUCAGUUUGUCCUUCUCAGAGAACAGCAUCGUGGCCAAGCCAGGUGUCCAUUUACAAGGUGGACAAGCAGGACAGUCGCAAAUUAUGUACCACUGGCAUCGACGGGGCCAUGAUGAUCUAGGAUUUCAAGGCAACCCGGAAGCCAUCAUGGGUGUUAAUAUCCUGAUAGGAGCCACAGGUCGAGACCUGUCCCAGGAGAAUCCAUAUUUACCCACUUGGAAGUCUAUGAGGAGUUCACCUCCGAUGGAAUAUACUGAACCUUCCUAUGCCAAGGCUCCAUGAAACUCAGAAGAGACAAAAGAAGAAAAAAAAACCUACAUCUCUCUUUGUUCAGUGAUGUUUUGGUUGUGUCUAAUAAACUGUGAGUAUGUUCCUCAUGCCUGCCAUACAAUUAGAGGCUACACUUUGAUUAGACUUUACUGUACAAAAAUAAAAGUUUUUGAUUUAU